CUCCGUGUUUCGUCGAUCCCUGACAGAGCGGAGCCACCGACCGCUUUGCACCGGGGUACUGUGUAUUUGUGUGAACGGUAUCCGCCAGGCAGGUACGCUCUGCCGUGAUGAGGCUCCGUUUGGCCGGAGCCGUGCUGCUGUCGGCGGCCGCCUACUACGUCUACCUGCCGCUGCCGAGCGGCGUGUGCGAGCCGUGGAAACUGAUGCUGCUGGACGCGCUUUUCCGAAGCUUCAUGCAGGCGAGUGACGUGGCUCACUCCCUGGGUGUGUGCCAUCGCGUCCACCUGCUGAACCAGGUGGUGUCCUGGGUGGAGGUGAUAGAGGCUCGCUCCUGCCCCGCCGUCCACGUGAUGGACUCCACGCUGGGAGGCGUGCCCACCCGGGUGUUUCAGCCGAAAGGGGGGAAGAAGCUGAAAAGAGGAGUCAUUUAUUUCCACGGUGGAGGGUGGGCUCUCGCCAGUGGACGGAUGCGUUCCUACGACCUUCUGUGUAGAAAAAUGGCAGAGGAUCUGGACGCCGUCGUCAUGUCUGUGGAUUACCGUCUGGCUCCAGGGGCGGUGUUCCCAGAUCAAUACCACGAUGCGUUGGCGGCGGCGCGGGCCUUCCUGUCCGCCCAGGUUUUGGAGCGCUACAGCAUCGAUCCGGAGAGAGUGUGCGUGUCCGGAGACAGCGCCGGGGGGAACCUGGCUGCUGCCGUGGCACAGAGGCUCGGCUCAGACGACUCUGUGAAGGUGAGGUUCAAGGUGCAGGCGUUGAUCUACCCCGUGCUGCAGGCGCUCGACUUCCACACCCCGUCCUACCAGCAGAACCAGGCCGUGCCCAUCCUCUACAGGCCAAUCAUGGCCCGUUUCUGGCUGCAGUACCUGGGUGCCGACCCCGCCCUGGAGCCCCUGCUGCUCGCCAACAACCACAGCUCCCUGGACCAGUCGGCCAUCGGCCGUAAGACGCGCUCCAAGCUCAACUGGACGGCUUGGCUGCCAGCUGAGCGCCGGAAGCACUUCCAGCCGGUGGUGAAAGAAACGGGAUCGCCGGGUGUGCUGGACAAGGUGCCGGGGCUGAUGGACGUGAGGGCGGCGCCGCUGCUGGCGGAGCAGGAGGCUCUGGGUAGGACGCCUAAAGCGUACGUGAUGACUUGUGAGUUCGACGUGCUGAGGGACGACGGGCUGAUGUACGCCAGACGCCUGCAGGACGCCGGCGUCGCAGUCACCAGCGACCACUACGAGGACGGUUUCCAUGGCUGCAUGGUAUUCGCAUUCCUGCCAAUGAAGUCGGGUGUCGGAGAGAGGAGCAUGAACAACUACAUCCACUGGCUGGACCAGAAUCUGUAGACCGACGUUUGUGGCACCAAAGAUAAGCAGGAGCGGGAGUUCUGACACUUGUGAGCUCGCCGCUGAAUCGGCGCAGAGAGAAAUUAUGUUUUUGCUGCUUUGUAAAGGAAGCAUCUGUUUCACACUCGACAUUUAAAAUCACUGGAGCUUUACAUUUAGAAUCAGACAGACCACAGAGCAUCUUUGCGGGAACCAAACUCUACACGAAUUGACUGUGACCAAAGAGCAGAAAACAUUUUAUUUUAUUUAUUUAUUUGAAAACACAGGAACGGCGUUUUUUAGCAUUUUACACUUGAUUUAAAUUAAUAGAUAUAUGUUAUUUGCAGUGAAACCCUCAAGUUUUAUUUCACAGCAACAGAAAAACCACUAUACUGUACUUCUCCUUUCUCUGUUACGUUGUGAAAAACAAAUGCAGGCUGAUUCUAUAGCGAUAAAUAUUCUGCAUCAUAAGGAAAACAGAGGGGGAUUCUGGACACGGACCAGGUUAACUCUCACGGGUGAAACAAACCUAACCCACACACUUUAAAACAAAUGGUUUGUGUUUUGACUGUUGGCCGUGGUGAAGAGCAAUAUGUCCCGAUCUGCCUCCUCUGGUGUUUCCAUUUAUCAGGGCCUCUUGUUUGUGUUACCGCUUAAUUUACAACACUUUAUUUUCACGUUUGGCCACCAGAGGCUGUUUGACUCAGAAAAAAAAAACAUGCCUGUUCCAGGAAACACGACUUUACAUACGUCUCGGGGUCAUGAAGCGCUAACUGUUAAUAACCUGAUCCGUUAAAUUUUAGGCUCGCUCAGAAAUCUUCAGCUUUUAUGAUGCACUGAAAUCUUCUCCUCGCACACACGAAACAAGUCAGUCAAGGUUGCUGCUGUGUGUGUUGUGGUGAAAGUAUGCCAGAGUUCACGUCUGUGUAUGCUCACUGGAUUGUGCAAUAUUGUAUGUUUGAAUGUGUCCCUCACUUUGCUCUGUAACUUCACCACUGUGCUGCAGGGCCAAUGCACUGAAGAUGAUGAUGAUGAUGAUGAUCGUAGCUGUGAAAUUUAUGCAAGAACCACUGUAUCGCCACCAGAGAAGAGGUCCCCGCAGGACUAUCGUGUUUCCCUCCCCCAUCGCUGCUGGCUCAAAACGAAUGUAAUGAACCGACGACAGCGAGCCUCUCAGCCAGACUCGGUUUUGGCUUUGGGCCCAGCGAGCCUGGUCAUUCACAUUAUUCAAGACGAAAUGUUGUAAUUUUCUUUUUUUCUUUUCUUUUUUUUUUCCUUAAAGAGGACACGACUCCAUACGACCCAGUCCUAACGUGUGGAUGCCUUUGAGCACACUUGAAUGUUUCACAUUUGCAAUAAUAAAAAAAAGAAGAAGUCAUACGGAUAUAA